UCUCUCUCUCUCUCUCUCUCUCCCUCCUUAUUUUGCUUUCUUCUACCUUCCUCCUCCUUCUUCUGGUUCAGUUUUAUCCACUUGGGUUUUGCUCUUUCCUCUGUCCAAGUGAAACCCAGUUCUUGUUUUCUUCUUGAAAGCAAGAAAUCGUUUCCAAUUUUUGAGGUCCUGUGAGCUAAAAGCAAUGGAGCUGUUUCACCAAAAACCUGGCUUUAGAUUGUGAAAGUCGAGUUUGGGGAACAAAUAAAAUGGACCCAAGGCCGUAUAGAAUUAGCUGUCUGAACAGAAAGAGUGUAAAUUUAUGAGUAUUUUCUUUUUGAAUGAGUGUGGGGAAGAUAGAGACAAGGGUUUGUUUUGGUUUUUGCUUGCUAGAGGGGUGAGGAAAAACGGUGUCGUAUCUCACAGAAUCGAGGAAGAGGUCAACUUUGCAUGGUGGGUGGAUUAAUGCUCUCUCCAGAUAUGGCUGCUGCUCAAGAUCAAUAUGAUGGUGGUCGUUCAGAAAGUGUUCUCUCAGCAAACAAUGGGGUUUCAUUUAGUGCCUCUGGGCUCCAGUUGAAGGAUCAAUUCUCUAAUGGAAAUGACUCUGCUCCCAAGGCGAGAAAACCAUACACAAUCACAAAACAAAGAGAGAGAUGGACAGAGGAAGAGCAUAAGAAAUUCCUUGAAGCUUUAAAGCUGUAUGGUCGAGCCUGGCGAAAGAUAGAAGAGCAUGUUGGCACCAAGACUGCAGUUCAGAUUCGAAGUCAUGCUCAAAAGUUCUUUUCUAAGGUUUACUGCUCUUAUUCCAGUACCCCCCCAUUCCCUCUCAUAGUAUCUAUAAUCCCAUAUAUUAAUGUUGCUCGUGACUCGAAUGGCAGCAAUGAAAUCUCGGAAGAGCCCAUUGACAUCCCUCCUCCUCGACCAAAACGGAAGCCAAUGCGUCCUUAUCCCCGAAAACUUGUACACCCUGUUAAUAAAGAGACCUUUAUUGUAGAGCGGCCAACAAGGUCUGCAUCUCCAAAUUUAUCAGUUUCGGAGCCAGAAAACCAGUCUCCAACAUCAGUAUUAUCAGUGAUUGGCUCAGAUACACUGGUUUCCGCUGAUUCAAAUACACCCAGUCGUAGUUUAUCACCUGUUUCAUCUGCUGCUGAUGUCCAUGGUGUGGACUUAAAUCAUUCUGAACCCCCCAACCCAUCACUGGAGGAAAGUGGAUCUACAUCACCAGCUGUAGCAGAAAAUGGUUCACUUCCUAACGUGCAAUUAUCAAUGAAGCUUGAGUUAUUUCCCACGGAUAAUGUUGAUGCUAGCGGAGUUUCAUCCGAGGAGGUAUCCGCACGAAGCCUUAAACUCUUUGGAAGAACUGUAUUGGUCACGGAUUCCCACAGACCAUCUUCUCCAACCUUGGGAACUUCUAAAUCACUGCCUUCUGAUGUGAAAGAGGAGAAACCUGUGCAGACAUCAACACCAUGUAACUAUACAGCUACAGAAUCUGCAUCUGGGAGUGUGGAACAUGUUUGGGAUAAUUUUCCCUAUGGAGUACAUCCAGGCAUGUAUUUUAUGCAAUUUCAGAAUCAGAACUCAAAUCUGGUAGAAUCUGGUUCUGCUUAUCCUGUACCAUGGUGGACCUUAUGUCCAAAAUUGCCAUUUCCUUUUAUUCCUUUCCAUAAGCCGCAAGCAGUAAAAGAACAUUUUGAUGGUAAUCUUGGAGAUCCCAAGGAAGUUGAGAAGGAAGGGUCUUGGACUGGUUCAGAUGCUGGAUCAGUCAACGAUGAGGAAAACGGUGACAAAUGUCUAGGUAUUGAGACUGAGGGUAAAGAACAAGAGCCAAAUUCGGUUCUCCAAUUUAAGGCGAGUGCAAACUCAGCCUUCUCUGAAUUAAGAGCAAGCCCUAACCCUGGAAAGUGUAGAAAAGGAUUUGUACCGUAUAAAAGAUGUUUGGCUGAGAGAGACACCUCUACAAUAGCAAGUGAAGACAGGGAUGGGAAAAGAGUCCACCUUUCCUUGUAGUGUCCUGCUAUUGAGGUUUGUCGUAGAAUCUUUCUAUGUUAGUCAAGAGGUCUUUUUUCACAGAACAAGGAACUUGUUUCCGGUACCUUUUAGUUUAAGAUGUGAUCAGUUUCAGCUGCUGGUGGAUGACUCAAAAUGGGAAAAACAGUAGUAGCAUUUCUGUGGCCUGGCAGAUUCUAUUAUGGUAGUUUUGGUUUUGACCUCUUAACUGUGUAAGGCAAGCUUGCCAUUUCUUGUAUGUUUCAUAUCUCCUUGUUUUGCUUUUACAGCCAGCAUUUGGUAGUACUAGCUUUUGUAUUACUUUCCAUUCUUUUUCCUUCUUCGUAACUAUGAAUUUACUAUGAAUUUCAUGUAGUCUCAGUGUUAACAUUUAUGAGUUGAAGAGAAAUAUUCUUCGAAUAAAGUGUUAACUAUUGAGUAU